AUGAGACAUCUACGCUUCCCCCUCUUCCGCCGCAUUGCUGCCACUAGUUUGCUCCGUCGCCAACUUUGUCACCCUGAGACUGUACCAGAUCGUAUUUGCAAACAAUGGCGAGCUGCGAGCGCCGCCCUAACCCGGCACGUCCAGGACCUGAGCGGGCCCGAGCAGAGGCUUUUGAAUAAACUCUACACGGGCCUGAUCGGAGGUCACCGGGCUUCUCUGGCCGAGUCUAUAACGCUAGUGGAGACGCAACAUCCGCGGAAGAAGGAGUUGGCUCAGGUGAUGCUACAGAAGGUUCUGGCAUACAGGAGGGAGCAGGAAAAUUGCAAUGGAGGAAAGCCAGUGUCCUUUAGAGUAGGUCUCUCCGGUCCUCCCGGAGCGGGGAAGUCAUCAUUCAUCGAAGUGGUGGGCAAGAUGCUGACGGGACGUGGACACAAAGUGUCGGUUCUGGCCGUCGACCCGUCUUCCUGCACGACCGGAGGCUCUCUCAUGGGAGACAAGACGCGCAUGACGGAGCUCUCCCGCGACAUGAACGCCUUCAUCCGGCCGUCGCCCACGUCGGGGACGCUCGGCGGCGUCACCAGGACGACCAACGAGGCCGUCGUCCUCUGCGAGGCCGCGGGUUACGACGUGGUCCUGGUGGAGACAGUGGGUGUCGGCCAGUCAGAGUUUGCGGUGGCGGACAUGGUCGACAUGUUUGUGUUGCUAAUUCCACCAGCGGGGGGUGACGAACUGCAGGGCAUCAAGAGGGGAAUCAUAGAGAGGGCUGACCUAGUGGUGGUGACCAAAUCGGAUGGAGACCUGUUGGUUCCGGCCAGGCGGAUCCAGGCGGAAUAUACCAGUGCUAUGAAGCUGCUCAGGAGGCAGUCCAAGUCGUGGAAUCCAAAGGUGGUCCGCGCUUCGUCACACAGCGCCGAGGGUAUUGCGGAAGUCUGGGCCGAGAUGCAGUCGUACCAAAGCGCCAUGUUGGCUAGCGGCGAGCUGCAGGACCGGCGCCGGGCUCAGCAGAAGAUAUGGAUGUGGACCUUGAUCCAGGAGAACGUUCUUGCCCACUUUCGCCAUCACCCCGCCGUUCGGGAGGCCUUGCCCCACCUGGAGGAGAAGGUCACCCAGGGGGACAUCUCUCCAGGCCUGGCUUCUGACUUACUCCUCAAAGCCUUUCUGUCAUCAUCCUCGUAUUCGGCAGAGGAAUACGGGCAGAGCUGA